AUGUUUCGAAAGGCGCUCAAAAAAAUAGGCAAGAAGCGUGACAGCCUUGUCUCUACGCCUCCAACCGCGAGCCAGGUACAGGCAACCACAUCUCCUUCAGCAGGACCGUCAACGGAUAGAGCAAUUACAGAAGUUUUUCGCGCCCGGGGCGAUGCUAGAGCGCAAGCUGGUAAUUAUAAUGGGGCUAUCGUGAUGUACGAUGAGGCACUGGCUGCUACCCCAACUGAUGCGGCUCUCCUGUUGAGCCGGUCUUUUGCCCAUGCGAUGUCGACGCCGCCAAAUCUAGGUUUAGCUCUAAAAGAUGCAAACGCUGCAAUCCAAAUUGAUUCCCGGAACUGGCAAGCUUGGCAACAGCUGGGAGAGACGCGCUUGAAAAUGGGAUAUAUCGCCGUAGCAAUGGAGGCUUUGGAAAAUGCACUCGGCCUUGCCAAUGGCUAUGACAAGGUCACAGUGCAAAGGGCUCUCACAGAAGCGCGGUCUAGAAUGCCGCCGCCUACUCUUUCGAGACAACAGACAGCACUUCCUUCUCGACCCGCCCAACCGGCUCCCCCAACUCCAGCUGCUCCGGCGUUUCCAUCUGCUCGAUCGUCUCCCGCUGCGCCAUAUUUUCCCGCUGCUCCUGCUUCUCCCGCUGCCUCACCCCCCUACACUGCUCCUCCUCCUCCCGCUGCUUCACGCCCCUGCGCUGCUCCUACCCCCCCGGCCGCUCGAGCUACUCCAGCUCUUCGACCCCAAGCUAGCCCGUCUCCCACAGCUGCUCGAGCUCCUCCGACUACGCCAGCUCCACCAGCAACAUCCGCCUCUACAUACCCCCUAGAGGCUUUUCUCAACCAACCCAGAAACCAGUCUGAUGCCCCUCCCGGCUACACUCCUAGCGUAAACAAUCCUGAUCCAGCCGUGAGAAUUCUGUCGCAGCAAGCAAUUGGGACUAAGUUAAGAGAGUUUGAGACUACGCUAAGGGGAAGAAAUAGGGGGUCCAUUUCAGUUAAACCUUAUACUGGCGAGGGAUACGUCGAUGCCGUACAGCUGGUCUAUAAUGGUUUGACCCAAGCCGACCUAACGAACAGAGAGCUUAGCACUCAGACUCAGACUUAUCUCCACUCUAGCCUCUCCACGAUGACUUUUCACGAAAUUGAUUUUCCGAGCAACGUAUUUCUCAACAAUGACUGCGAAACCUCGCCCUUCUAUGAAGGUAAAAUGCCUGGAACAGUCACCAUAACCGGAUAUUCCAAAGAGUACCGUGUCCAUCAGCUCUCACUAAAUCCGAGACUCAAUAUUACUUUCGAAGCAAGUGGUGCCCUUCCAGGAGCUUCGCUAGACAAGAUCGUGCAGCGAAUUUCGGCAUUGCAACUACUAGGGACGUCUGAAGACAGCAAAUUUCUCGGGCAGCUGCUUGGCCUAUCUCAGAUAGAGAUUUUACAGACGGGCUUUCAUCCCGCAGGCGGCAAUAGGCAGAAACAAAUCGACACCAUCUGUAUGAAAUUGAGCGGUAGUUUAUACGACGCCCCAAGCCGGUUUGUCGACUUUAGCAAGGCUAGAAAUAUCAGCAACAAUACUCUCGGUAGUACUGCGCAGGGAAUCGGUCUCCAAAACUUCCUCUACCAGAUUCUACUCGGAGCCGAGUUGCUUGUGCGGCUGCGAAAAGAACCAGUGAAUACCAACAAUGGCGGUAUCAUGACCGACGCCAUAUCCGCACUGGUCAUUCUCAGCGCGCUGUGGAUGCAGAACGUAUCCAUCACCGCCGCGGUAAAUUCUACCGCCGCUCCCCUACCAGCAAACAAAAUGUACACGCUCUAUUCCAUACACAACCAGAGGCAGAUUGAGGGUCUCAUUCGCUUUGGAGAAGCUCUCUCGUGGCCAUUUAUGGACGAGGCGAGGGCAUACAUUGAGAAUGUAUAUAAUGACCUUGCGACUGGGGCCGCAGGUAUAGGUUUUGACAUCUGCGACUGGCUUUUUGGCCUUGUCCUCCCUGGGAAGAUAUUUCGCCACAGAAUCAUGUGCUGCCUCGUGGAUGCCACGCCUUCGGUGCGAUCAAUCAACGCCUCCCCUUUCUGGGACAGCGGAAUCGUCGUUCAGAACAAGAGUUACUGGCCGAAACGGACGGUUUUAGGAAGGGUGCUUGGUGGACUCAACAACCCGAAGAGUCUCUGUGGUUGGAUUGGGCCAGUUCCUGCUCCGCAAGGUUGGACUUCAUCAGCCUGGAUCAAAAUCAAUGCUCGCGCCGUCGACGUCCCAAUCCCCGUUAGCACGACGCAACUACAACUUACUCUCGACGGUCUCGGAUUGGCCGACCCAGACGUGAACGAAUCGCCCGAAGCAGCAUUGGAAAGCAUCACCGACAUCGGGCAAUGGAUCCAGGCUCUUGGUCCAUCGCCGACUGCGCCUCGAAACGAUGUCAAAAAGGUCGAAUUUAAAUCCCUGCGUCUGACAGAGGUAGCUGGCACUCCCGCGGCAAAGGAGUACCGUGCGACGGUCGACUUCACCAUUAACAACGUUCCCAUAAGCUACGUACUAUACUCGAAUCCGCUCUUCGUAUGCGCCCCCCCUUGCGUCGGGACUCACCUCAUGCACCGGCGCCAAGCCGUCAAGUAUCUCGACAGUGUAGUUAAAGUGGAAGACCUCAAAGAGGCAUAUCCGCCGACAGACAAGCUGGUGAUCAUCGAUGCUCAGGGACCAGGGGAGCAAGUGGUUGCACGGGCGUGGUGUGCGGAGCGCGCAAGGAAUGCCAUCGUAAGGAAGGGCUUAGAUUGUUGUUUUGCAUGUGCAGUAAAUAUUGCGCACAAGACUACGGGGUUAGGAUUUCAUGUUCUUAUUUGGAGUUGA